GAGUACGGGUUAGGCAUUUUUCGUGGCUAACAUUGGACCCGUAACCAAACACACCAGGCUGCAACAAUCGAAAGCGAAUAGAAUUGCAGAACCAGCAAUGGCGAACCCAGAUCACCACCACCAAAAGGUUCGUCACAUCAACAGAUAGAACGAACGAGAUUGAAGACAUUGAAAGAGCAUAUUUCAAAAACAAUGGAAGUUGAUGGCCAAUCCUCAACCAAGGGUGAAGAAGAGAAGUGGAAGGCCAUUGUGGUGAUUCUGGUGGGUGCACCUGGUAGUGGCAAGUCCACCUUCUGCGACCACGUCAUGCGAGUCUCUACUCGGCCCUGGGUUCGUGUCUGCCAGGACACUAUUGGUAAUGGUAAAGCUGGAACAAAAACUCAGUGCCUUGCAAGUGCAGCCAGUGCAUUGAAAGAUGGAAAAAGUGUAUUUAUUGACAGAUGCAAUCUUGAUAGAGAACAGCGUGCAGACUUUGUGAAACUUGGCAGCCCCCAAGUAGAUGUGCAUGCUGUGGUACUUGAUCUUCCUGCCAAGCUUUGCAUAUCUCGGUCUGUAAAGCGGACCGGACAUGAAGGAAAUUUACAAGGUGGAAAAGCUGCUGCAGUUGUGAAUAGAAUGCUGCAAAAGAAGGAAUUGCCUAAACUGAGCGAAGGGUAUUCUAGGAUCACAUUUUGCCAGAAUGAAAGUGAUGUUCAAACUGCUAUUAGUACAUAUAGUGCACUCGGUCCACUGCACAUCCUUCCAUCUGGCUGUUUCGGCCAGAAGAACCCAGAUGCCAAAAUUCAACUUGGAAUAAUGAAAUUUCUUAAAAAAGUAGAUGCCCCUGUUAAAGCAGUAUCUACAGGACAUAGCUUGCAAGAUUCUGUUACCACUGAAGUCACUAAAGAAAAUGCCUCCUGCUGCAAAGGACCAGAAGGUAUUAAGGCAACUGCUGGUAAGGAGCUAAAGGAAGGUGAAGAUCUGGCAGUAGGUUUUGUUGAUGGCACUUCGUCUUUGAACAAUGUUCCAACUUUGGCAUUUCCAUCUAUUUCAACUGCAGAUUUUCAGUUUGACCUUGAGAAGGCAUCUGAUAUUAUUGUUGAGAAAGUUGAGGAGUUUGUGACUAAGUUUGGCAAUGCCAGGUUUGUUUUCGUAGAUUUGUCCCAUGGAUCGAAGAUACUGUCCUUGGUUAGGGCUAAAUCUGGACAAAAGAACAUUGACACUGAUAAGUUCCUGACAUUUGUGGGAGAUAUAACUCGACUAUAUUCAGGAGGAGGUUUACACUGCAAUGCAAUAGCUAAUGCUGCUAACUGGCGAUUGAAACCUGGAGGUGGAGGUGUGAAUGCAGCUAUAUUUAGUGCUGCAGGUCCAGCCCUAGAGAUCGCAACCAAGGAACGGGCUGGAUCUCUUACCCCUGGAAAAGCCGUGGUUGUUCCUCUCCCUUCAACUUCUCCCUUGUUUAGUAGAGAAGGGGUAACCCAUGUCAUACACGUUCUUGGACCAAAUAUGAACCCACAAAGACCAAACUUUCUCAACAACGACUAUAUCAAGGGCUGCAAAGUUCUUCGUGAGGCUUACUCAUCGCUUUUUGAAGGUUUUGCAUCAAUAGUGAGGUCCCAAGAAACAUUAUAUGAGAAAAAGACUGAAAGGAUUGAAAAACAUGGGUCAGUGCUGUCAGAAUCUCCAGUUGACUUUGAGAUAAGUCAUACAAAUCAAUUGUCAAGUACUGAUCAGAAGGUCAAGAGAGAGGCUGUUGAUGAAUCUGAGAAGAACAAAAGAUGCAAGGGAUUUCAGGAAGAACUUCGACCUAAUAUAAGUGGUGCUACAGAUGGAAAGGACAAUGCAAAGAAUGAAAAGAACUCCGGAACCAUGUCCAAGGCCUGGGGUCCAUGGGCUCAAGGUCUUUACCGCAUUGCCAUGCGACCUGAGAAGCAUGAUGAUGUGAUAGAGAUAUCAGGCGAUGUUGUUGUAGUGAAUGAUCUUUAUCCAAAAGCAAAAUGUCACCUUUUGGUUUUGGCACGUUACGAAGGACUUGACCAACUUCCAGAUGUAGGUAAAGAACACCUUCAGCUAUUAAUGACAAUGCAUGAGGUGGGCUUGAAGUGGGCUGAGAAGUUUUUAAAUGAAGAUGGAACUUUAGUUUUUCGUCUUGGGUAUCAUUCUGCCCCAUCAAUGCGACAAUUGCACCUUCAUGUCAUCAGCCAGGACUUCAAUUCAAAACAUUUGAAGCAUAAGAAGCACUGGAAUUCAUUCAACAGUCCUUUUUUUCGUGAUUCAGUAGAUGUAAUAGAAGAAAUCAGCAAUAGCGGACGAGCCACAUUGAAAGAUGAUGACAAACUCUUGUCGAUGGAGUUGCGUUGCCACCGGUGCAGAAGCGCACACCCUAACCUACCCCGCCUCAAAUCACACAUUGGCAAUUGUCGGGCACCUUUUCCUGCAUCUCUACUCCAAAAUGGUCGUCUAGUGCUUGCCCCAAACAAUGAUGGCUCUAAUCAAUAGCCAAUGGGGCUCUGGUGAAAUCCUUGAAUGUUUUGAUCCAUGGAACUAUCAAGGUUUUGCAAGUCCUAUAUUUUCUGAUCAAGAAAACUUUUUGUUUAGUGAUGAUGCUGGAAGUCUCUUCUGCGUCGCUCAUGAACCUGGGAUUCUUGAUUGUUGUGUUGCUGAAAGACCUUUUUGGGGCAGUAAUGCUAAGAACGCAAAUUUGAAAUACAUAAUAAAUCAGAGAAAAUGUAUUGACAGAUUGAGAUUUAUUUUGAACUUGCAUUCACCAUAACUGAGUUUAAUCUGAGCCA